AUGGUACUUGGAGUCAUCACUUCCGCGAUACGGAGUCGGUCAGGCUCCGAAGGCUCGAGGUUCUCAGUCUCGGAUGCCUCCGACAUCAGCACGAAUGCUGAGACCAGUGCCACAGAGGCUGAGCAGAGGCCAUGGCUGGAAGACUUGAAAGACCUUGCAGCCGAAUGCACGGAUGCGGCUACCCGCGUACUGGACAAUAGGAAACCAGCAUACGACAAUGUAAGGGUGCUGUUGAUUUAUUGGUCAAAAGGAGAGUACAAAGAGAUGAAGACCAACGCCGCAAAGAUUGGCAACACCUUCCGAACUGUCUAUGGCUUUGACGUGAUGGAACCAUUGGAGCUGCCGGAGGAACGUCCGGGCAACAAACUCGGAGAGAGACUUAACAACGUCGCCGCGAUCUCGAGCGAAAAGGGCAAGAACGAUCUGCUCAUCAUUUACUAUUGUGGCCACGCCGAAUGGAAGCCCGGGAAUCCCGACGACCUGAUAUGGAAGCCCAGAAAGGUAGACCAACCGAGAAUAUCAUGGAAGCAAAAACAGGCAGAUCUUCAUGACGCGGACUGUGACCUGCUAUUCAUCCUGGACUGUUGCUACGCCGGCCGUAUGGUCAAGAUGGAGAAGAACACCUGGAGGCGGCGCUGUGAAGUCCUGGGUGCUGUAGAUGCAAAUACCAAGGCUCGUGUCGAAGAACACCUAUCAUUCACGACGGCCUUGUGUGCGAACCUCACGACCGGCGCCUACGCUCAAGACUUGUAUCUGGUACUGUCGCACUCAGACGCCAUGGACAAGCACAAAUUGAGGCAUGCGCCGUCCUGGAGCAAAUACCUCUUCAACGAGGAUUACAAGUUCGGUAUCUACCUUCGACCACAGAAAAAGGAUGUCGCCGGCCACCAAAUGCCACAAAACAAUAGUCACGAAGCGAUACAGGACCCUCAGAUACGGGACUUAGGCGAAGUGCAAGCCAAAUCGGACGCCGUCAUGGUAAUUGCCUGCAAGAUGCAGAAACAACCGCAGCCGGAAGAAUUGCGACACUGGGAGAACAUAAUGAUCGCCAGCCCACUGAGCGUGACUGCCAUGCGGUUCCAGGCCCUCUCGAUGGACGAGAUCCGAGAGUUCGAGGAGCAGUGUCGGCGCGCCGCCGUAGAGGUCAAGCUCGCCAGCGUCUUCCAUGGAUCUACUGUCGCCAUCCUUUCGAUGCCAAUCUGGAUGUGGUGCAACCUCCAGCCGAGUCCUUCGUAUGAGGCGAUAGCCCUGGUUCGCUCUCACGACCUUCUACACCCCGCAACUGAAGGCUCGGGGGCCGCCUUAGCCAUAGAAGAUGUUGCGGGUGCCGCAAUAAAGGAACAUGGUGGCGGCAGCUUGACAGGAAGAUCUCAUAUGAUUACACCUCCAGUGACACCACCUGAAAGGUUCAAUGCACUCACGAAGCAGUCUAGUGGGCUUGUUGUGGAACCUGAGACACGUGCGAGAGCAGAAAUCCCGUGGCUCCAUGGUGCGCUUUCUGGCUAUCGUAGCCACAGCAGGAGUCAGCCUGAUCCAGCGACCCGGAAGAGGACUCGUGUGCAUCACAUACCCAUUCGCGAAGGUCUUAGCAAGGCUCUGACAUUGCCUGGAACCUGCGUGAACAUGUCUAAUGUGGAUUUAUCAGAAUUCAUCCCAAUGGUGGACCAUCUUAUGAAGGGCAUCAAAGUAUAA